AUGAUGUUGGUGCGAACAAUUUUUCUUCUAUUGGUAUUAACAACUGCAAUCUCAUCGAAUGCAUUCUAUGGAAAGUGGAAGAACAAAUUGAAAACCUUAAAAACAAAAACUAAUGAUAAAAUUAUUGACAAAAUACAAGGAAAAUCGCAAUGUCCAACUACUUGGCAAUAUUUUGCUGCAUCUUGCUAUUGGAAAUUUCCGAGAAAACAUUCAUGGUCUGACGCACGAAACGAAUGUGCUCGAUUUCGAGCUGAUCUUGUUGUUAUUGACAAUGAUAAUGAAUUUGAUUAUAUUGCAAAAAAUAUUACUGAUUUAAGAGAAGAUUUCUAUGUUGGAUUUCAUUAUUUUAAUGAUUCAUGGUCAUGGAUCAAUGGUCAAGCUCUAUCGGAUUACACGUAUUAUACAGAAGAAGAUCUAUGUGAAGAUCGAUUACCCAUUGAGCCCCGUCAUCGAUCAUGUGGAAUUCUUGAUCGUGCACGUCGAGGGCGACUAUGCAUGAAUGUCGAUGUGUGCGAUCGAAAAUUAAAUUUUAUUUGCGAAAAAGUCGUGGACCGGUGCAGUUCAUUGCAUGAUACAUGUGGUAAACAUGGCCGAUGUAUAAAUACAGACGAUGGGCAAUUUCGUUGUGAUUGCCAUUUUCUAUUCGGCGGAGAUCAGUGUAGAUCGAUAAGCCGUGAAGGUGGCCAAGUUCUUAUGGCAGCAAUAUUUGUUUUUACUGCAUGCAUUACGCCAAUGCUUUUUCGAUCAAUAUUUAGAAUGUUAAAAAGAAAAUUAAAUCGGACAUCGACAAUAUAUGGUAAACUUCAUUCUUUAAACAACAGUGAACAUUUACUCUCCAAACAUAAAGUCAAACAAGAAAAAGAAAUUGAUGGUUUAUUAAAACUUCUAUUCAGUAUUCAAUAUUCAAACAUUUGUAAUUCCUCGACAUUCAUUAUUAUAUUCAGUACACUUUUAUUAACAAGUUUUUGCUUAUUAACAAUUCCAUUUAUACAAUAUCGUUUUUCAUUUUCAUCUCUAUUCAAUCAUACCAAUGUAACAUUAACCUAUAAGAUAAAUUCAACAUUGCAUCUUCUACAUACUUGUCGUAAUUUUGAUAAUUAUACCUGGAAAAAUUUUGUUUCAUUACCAUCAGCUCUUAUCGUUACCUUAAUUUGUUCGUUUUUAAAAAAGCGUGAUACUCUUUGUUUACGAUUUUGUAAUGGACGGCCAGCAUUACCAAUGCCAUUGAAUAUAUUCGAUAAACGACAACGUCAUGUUAUUGCAGCUAUAUUUGGUAUUUCAGCGAAUGAAGUUUUGAAAAUUCUCGAAGAACUUUUAAUUCGCUUUAAUGCAAAGCAAGUUACAAAUGAUAAAGGAAUUAUUAUUGAAUUAUUGCAACAUAUUGGUGACGUAUUACUGAUUGGGAUGAGAUAUUUUCCUUUAUUAAUCAGUGUCAAUACUGCACAUCCGAUAUCCUAUGCACUUGGAUUAAUCUAUACAUUUAUCGAUGGUACAUAUACAUUAAUACAUACUAGUUAUUGUUCGCGUUUUUCAUUAUUUCGCUUUGAUCGAACGUUAAUUUUACAAUCAUCAGCAACAAAUGAAAUAAUUCAAUCCGAUACGAUUUAUGUUAUGCUAAGAAAUUUACCGCAUUUUACAUUGGUUUCAUUUGUAUUUGUGAAAUUUUUCUAUCUACUAAUUCAACAAUUGAAAUGUCGUUGUUGUCAACAAGCAGCAAUGAUGACGAAUCAUAAUCACAAUGAAAAAGUUCAUCAAGUAUCAUUGGUUUCAUCGGUACUUUCACUUGAUUUAUUACUACCGGAUUAUCAAACAAAACCAGAAUUUUAUUAUACACAAGGUUUAUUAAAAAGUAAAGAAUCAUCGGACAUGUAUUAUAACAAUGCAUUAACACGUCCGUUUGCCAAAAUCUAUCGUUGGCAUCGUUAUUUUACAUUUUCAAUACAAAUUCUAUGUACAUACACUGUUGUACUUGUUGUUAUUUAUAAUCUGACAUAUUUGUUAACCUUCUAUGGUAUACAUACAAUAAAAAAUCAGCUUGAUCGUGUGCAUUUUAUACUACUUAGCCAAUUGAAUUGGAAUAUUGAAUGGGGUACAUCGUUUAUCAAUGAUAUAUAUCUUUGUUCAAUACUAUCUGUGAUUAUCUAUUGCACACAAAUCUUUAAUGGUUUAAUUAAAAUUCAGCAGCAUUUAAUAUCAGCGUAUGCUGGUAAAUAUAUUGAUAUACCCCCGAGACAUAAUUUUUCAAAUAAUGAAUUAAUAUCAAAAUGUUUACAUUUUUCUGGAUAUCUGUGUGGUUAUACAGCAUGGGGUUUUAUUAUAUUUUAUAAAAUAUCGUUUGUGUUUUGCCUUUUACUUCGUCUUUGGAUCCGAUAUGAUUCACGAUGGUUUCAACAUAUAUUGGCGUUAUGUUUACCGAUUGUUUUAGUUUACUUGUUAAAACAUAUACUCGUGUCAUUACUAUCGGAAUUUGUUUUCUUACAAAAUUUCGGUCGAACACCAUCAUUGAACAAUCGUCGAAUCUAUUUUAUAUUUAAUUAUUUUAAUUUCUUUUUCGAUUGUUUUCUUGGCAUUUUAUCAUGUUAUAUAAGAGUAUCAAAAGCACUUUUAGCAUCACUUUUAUUUAUGGGACGAUUGGAUUAUUCAUUUAUGGGAAGAAAUCUAGAAAGACUCGAUCAAGGUUAUGCAACUUAUGUCACUUUUAUUCAUAUGGAAAUUAUUCAUGGACAUCCUAUUUUGGUAACUUUCUGUGAUAUGGUUUGGCAUGAUAUUGAACGUAAACGUCAUAUAAUACAUCAACAUUCAAAAAAUAACAAAAUUAUUUAUGAUAGUAUUACACAAACUAAAGUACAUUCAACCCGCUUUAAAUGGCAUCUUUUUUAUACUUUGAUUCGCAAUGAAUACUUGAAAUUUUUACGUAAACAUGCAUUAUUAGUUGUCGCCAAUAGUACAGGCAUUAUUUCUUCCACAACAGCUGUAGCUGUUGUUCUAGGAAGAAUUCCGUCAAACGAAAAAUCUAUUCACAAUGAACAAAAUUCAUCUAUUCUGUUGUACGAUCGUCCAAUAAUGCGGCAGCCACCAAUCCCAGCUAAACGAUCCGGUUAUCGAUAUAAUUUUGAUUAUGAACAAACAAGUGAUCUUCGUUUUAUCUAUCAACAAUUGAAAUCUUUAACGACUAACGUUUCUCAAUUGAAGAAUAAUAAUCACAAUCUCCAACAAGAUGAACUAUCAAAACAAGAACAUCAUCAUCACCACGAACAAAUCUAUUUACCGCCAAAUCAAUCCAUAAUAAAAAAACAAUCUCAAGUAACUUGUACAUUUCCUGAUGAGUAUUCAUCAUCAAAAUUUCAUCACACGCCGACAAUACAGCGACGAUAG